AUGGCAGUUGUGAUACAAUAUGUUGACAAAAAAGGCCAAGUGAUUGAUCGCUUUUUGGGUAUUGAGCAUGUUGCUAAUACGAAUGCUCUCUCACUUAAACAAGUUAUGGAAAAUUUAUUUUCCAAACUUGGAUUAAGUAUUUUUAGAUUGCAGGGUCAAGGAUAUGAUGGGCCUAGUAAUAUGCAAGUUUUCACUAUGGUUUCUAAUGUGGUGAAUGUUGUUGGAGCAUCAUGUAAAUGUCGACAUAUUGUUAGGGAGAAGCAAGCUGCAAAAGUUUCUGAGUCACUUAAUACUGGAGAGCUAUCUAGUGGGCAAGGCUUAAAUCAAGAAACUAAUCUUAAACGUGCUGGUGAUACACUGAUUGAUGUGCUUGAAAUGAUUUUGGAGGAUGGUUUAAAUUCAGAACAACGAGCAGAAGCAAAUAUAUUGUUGGACUCAAUUCAAUCAUUUGAGUUUGUAUUCAACCUCCAUUUGAUGAAAACAAUAUUGGCUAUUACAAGUGAGUUAUCGCAAAUACUACAAUGGAAAGAUCAAGAUAUUGUUAAUGCCAUGAAUUUAGUUCAAAUUUCUAAAGUACGACUCCAAAAGAUGAGGGAGAGUGGGUGGACAUAUUUACUUGAUGAUAUUUUGUCUUUUUGUGAAAAACAUGAAAUUGAUGUUCCCCAAAUGGAAGAUAUGAAAAAGUUAAUUCAUCUUGCUGAAUUUUAUCCCAAAGAAUUUUCUUCAGUGGAGCUCAUGGUACUUAAUGAUCAACUUGAUACAUAUAUUAUCGACAUGCUAUCCAAUAGUGAGUUCUCAAUGUUGAAUGAAAUUGCCGAUCUUGCUAAGAAAAUGGUAGAGACUAGAAGAGACAAAGUAUAUCCAUUGGUGUAUUUGUUCUUGACUUUAGCAUUAAUCUUACCUGUUACAACUGCUACUGUUGAGAAGGUAUUUUCAGCUAUGAAUAUUGUGAAGAAUCGGUUGCGGAACCGAAUGGGUGAUGAAUGGAUGAAUGAUAGCUUGGUUGUCUACACUGAGAGAGAUAUUUUUGAUGGAAUUGACAAUGAUACAAUUCUUGGUCGGCAGAGAAUGGGUCAGACGGAUCCAAGUGUUCCACGGGCAAAUUAUCCUUAG